AUGAUGCAGAAGAUGUUACUUGGACAGGCAAAUGGGCAGCUUGAGACAGCAAAGAAGUUGGUUGAGCUUAAUCAGAGGCUGGAUUGUUCUUACAAUGAUCUGAAUAUUAAGUUUGAGAGCUUGAAUUCAAAAGUCAAGUUCAUGGAGAGAAACAUUGCUUCUACAUCAGCUCCUAAGCCAAACCAGCUACCUAGUAAGGCUGUUCAAAAUCCAAGGGAGUUCACAGCUAAAGCUAUCCAGUUCUAUAAGGAAAUUGACACUGAGGACAGUGAGGUUCAAGCUAGGGAGGAUCUAUCACAAGGCAAAUCUCAGAGUGAAAGUUUUACACAGAAAACAGAAACCGGAGUACCACUUGACCGUACACUCGACCUGACACACGAUCCAGUACAUGAUCGAGUGACUUAUCGAGCUGAUCCCGAAGAAGCUGUUAAACCUGUUAGAUACAUCCCUCCUGCUUACAAGCCUCCUCUACCAUUCCCAGGGUGUUUCAAGGAACAAAAACUGAAGGAACUCAGGGAAAUAAUUGAAAAGAAGGAAUUGAUGGCUUUGAAAGAAGAGAAGGCUCAAAAUCAGGAUAAGAAGGAUCUUGAAGAGUUUGAAGGAGCCAUCAUUCCAACCAAACUUGAAGACCCAGGUCCAUUUGAUUUGCCUUGCUCUUUUAGCUACUUGCAUUUCAACAAAUACUUGUGUGACCUAGGGGCAUCUAUCAAUGUAAUGCCCUACUCCAUUGCACAGAAGCUUGGGCAUACUGACUUCAAGCCCGGUAACCUCUACUUAUGUCUAGCUGAUGGAUCACAUAAGGAUGUGGUUGGUAAGUUGGAGAAUUUCCUAGUCAAGAUAGGCAAGGCUAGAAUUCCCAGUGAUUUCCUCAUUAUAGACAUGGAUAAGGAGUUGGAAGACUCUAUCAUCCUAGGAAGACCAUUCCUAGCCACUGCUGGAGCUGUAAUUGAUGCUAAGAAAGGGUUGAUAACCUUGAACAUAGCUGAGAGUUUGAUCAUGAAAUUUGAUAUCAACAACCCAACCAACUUGCCUUCUAUAGGUCAGCCUUUUGCUCUUAAAGACAAGAGAGAUCAUGGAGUCUCAAGUGAAGUGGAAACUUCAAGGACUAAGUUCUCUUCUCAUGAGAAAUCAGAUGAAAAUCUCAAGGGUUCAGUUCAAGAUUUGACUAGCUUGGUGAAGGAUCUUCAGCUUCAGAUCAACAAGAGGUCAUUGAAGAAAGCAAGGCCAAGAUUCAAGCUUAAGCAGAAACACGGUUCAAGUUUAAAGGGUGAAGUGAUUAAGAAUUAG